CUCAUAGAGGGUUUCUAUAGUUUUGCUAGAAACCUUCUUGCCUGAAGAUUAGUUGUUUUUAUUCAAUUCUUUUACAAAUUGGUUUACAUGUGCCUACUCACGGUGGCGGACUCAAGAGAUAAAGGCAAGUACUUUCGGUUUCCACCUUCAGAUGGCGGCGGUGGCGGCAAAGACCAAGACGAGAGCUUUUCUGAGGACACACCGAAAUCUCAGCUGACUCAUUUGCAGCCGCCAGAGCAUAGCAGAACCGAAGCAGAAUCGUCAACAGGGAUGCAUCUUGGGUACAGUCAGUCGGCGGCGGAGAUGUCUGCAAUGGUAUCGGCCCUAACACAUGUCGUAUCGGGACAAAGGGGUGGCCGUGAUUGGGGAUAUGGUGUUGGUUUUGGUGGCAUGGUCACCUCAUCUCGUUUCGUAAACCCUGUUUCUUCCUCUGUUUCUUCCCCUUCUGCUGUGUACUCUCCAUCCUCUUACUCUUCCUCCCCCUCCCCCUCCCCCUCCCCUUCCGGCUCCGGCUCAAGUUCCGGGCUGUGGAUAGGGCAAAAGCGCGGCCGUGAUGAAGACGCCGCCGGUGCAUCUCAAUUGCUUGAAUCUAUUCCAAGGGCUUAUAGAAUUGCCCAUGGAGAUUCAUCAUCUGGUGCAAUUGUAAAAGAAGAAGUUACAAACAUUGUAGCACCGGCGACCACAGAUGCACCGGCCACAGCAACACCACCAAUAGAAACUGCAUCAUAUGUAGAAACUGGAGAACGGAGAAGAAGAUACAGGGGAGUCCGGCAAAGGCCAUGGGGAAAGUGGGCAGCGGAAAUUCGAGAUCCGCAUAAGGCAGCGAGAGUCUGGCUAGGAACAUUCGACACGGCCGAGGCGGCAGCCAGAGCUUAUGAUGAAGCCGCCUUGAGGUUCAGGGGAAACAGAGCCAAGCUAAAUUUUCCGGAAAAUGUGAGGAUGGUUCCUCAACCAGUGCAAAAUUUUCCAGCUGCCCAAACAUCGGUUUCGGGUACUCUGACAGCUCAUUUACCGCAAGCACAAUCUCCGGCGAUGCAGCCAUACUUCCAGCUCCAAGCUCUUCAGCGGCCUUCCGCUGAUGCCGUACUGAGAGACUACUGGCAGUACUCUCAGCUGCUACAGAGUUCUAGUUCCGCUGACUUCCAAGGGCAACAAGCGACGAGUUUGCUAGAUCAGUUGAUUCAACCUUCCCAGUUAGCUUCUCCUCAGCCGCCAUUGUUAUCUUCUUCCCUUUCAUCAUUGUCUUCGUCAAUUGCAGCAUCCUCAGGUUCAUCAUCAUCGUCCACUUCUCCAUUUCCUCUGCUUUUCAACGAGCAUCAACAGAUGGGCUUUUUCCAGCCACCGUCAAGUCAACCUCAGCCCAGCGGGUCUGACUUUCCGCAGCCACCGUGGUCACAUUCCGGUCACCACCCUCCAUCAUCCACUGGUUAAUAAUAAUACCAUAUUUUUAAAUAAUAUUUUUGAAAAACCAGCAACUUUUUUUUUUUUUUCCUUUUUUCCUUUGUUCCCCUGUUUAUUGCACCCUGUUUUUGCAUGUAGUUAGGUUUAGAUUGAUCAUGGUUUUGUUUUCUUUAAUAUAAUAGUUGUUAAAAAAAAAAUGGAAAAGAACUUGGCGGAAAAGUUAGAGAGUGGGAAAUGCAAAGAGGCAUUUUAGGAUUUUUAUAAAAGGCAUUGUUCGUUCUAGAUGAUUCAGGGUUUUGCUUUGAUGUAACUCUUUCAAUUAUCGAACAAAAGAUGUAGAAACCAGCAGCUUUUCCUAAUUAAGCUCUCUUGCUCUUUGCUUUACAUCAAAACAUUCAUCAAAGAAUGUACUUUUCCUUCUUUUUAUUUUUCUUUUCUUUUCUGGACCUCAUUCUUUUUAUCAUUUUUAUUCUUAUAAUCAAUAUUAAAAAUUUAU